AUGCCGCCCGUCAAUGGCUCCAGCGCCACCGCCGCGCGCGAGUUCGCGUCACUCGCCACAGUGCUCUGCUGCAUCGCCGACGACGCGAUCGCAUGUCUCAAGUCGCUCAAGAAGCGCCUCGCGCACUGCGACAGCCGCCACGGACGGCGCUUUGUCCACACGGCCGUCGCGUACCUGCGGACGGACCUGCGCGCGGCCAAAGACGCGGCGUCGGCGUUGCCGCACGUGGCGCAUCAGCUGGUGACGCGCUGGGAGCGAUCGGAGUCGGCCACGGACGCCGCCCGAGACGUGAUGGGACGCCUGGCGAAGGCGAUGGACCGACUCCAGACGACGGCCCAUCAGUACGACGAGGAAGUUGUCCUCCGGCGGCAGUCGCAGCAGCGCAAAGCGGACGGACAGCACAGCACGGGCUGUGCGCGUGCGCCUGCGGGACGUGCGGGACGUGGGACGGGACAUGUGGGUGCGCAGGCGACGGACACUGUCGAGCAGCUGGUGAAGACGAUCGUGCGCGACAACUUCAACAUCAGCGCGUUGAGUCAUCAAAUCACGAUCGCCAACAAGUCGCUGUCGUGCUCGACGUCGUCGGUCGAGCGCGUGAAGCUAUUGGUGCAGGACGUGGAGGAGAAGCUCGACGGCGAUAGGCCGCGCGCGAAGCUGAAGGGCCACGCGAGGCGCACGUGA